CAUCACAAUAACAAAAUGUCGGAAAUAUUCGAGUUGUGAAAUGUUGAUGUGAGAAACUUAAGAUUAUUUUGGUAAUGCGUCGGAAAUGAUCUCGGUAAGUAAUAAUAUUUUUAAACUUUAGUUUUAGACGAUUACACGUUUGAGAGAUUUUUCAAAAUGAAUGUCAAAAUUUGAUUUCCGCUUCGUAGUACUAGUAUAUAUCACUGUCUUGCUCUGGUUGUCUGUUUAACAUCAUUUUUGUUUUGUAUAAGUUAUAACAAGUUUGAUAACAAGUAAACAGUCUCUCAUUACAAUCAUGGAAGACAGAAUUCAAUCUUUUGUUGGGGAAUCUCUAGAGAAUGUUCUACCUGAUUAUGCAAAUAUAAACCAAAUGUGGGCAAUUCAUUUGGGCAAGCAUUUUUAGUUUGUCCGUUUUAUGCAUGUUCAGUAUAAAGAUGGGCACAAAUCGCAUUAUUGUUGCAUCUAGACCAACUAUACAUGUUAGCUAAUCUUUCUCAAGAGAUGCGCAUUUGAUGAUAGUUCAUCUAGAAGCAAAAUGCAUGUUGUCUUUAUGCUGCCAACACAAGCUAUAAAACGUUUCUGAUAAUUUGUUGGAUUAUUUACAAUAGACAUAAAGAUGCAUGUUACGUGUGGACAAUUUGCUUGAAAUGGUAUAGUGGCAUAGUUAUAUAGAUAUCUAAUUUAAAAACUCAAAAUUAGUCAUUUGAAGUUGAGAUCUGACAUUCCAUAUUGCUAUCUAUAAUUGCAACAGUUGUGGACAAUGUAAAACAAAUGUGAGAAUUUUUUUACAAAUUAACCAAUUUGUAAAAAAUUCUCACAUUUUUUCAACGACUUGCAUUUUUUAACACAUUUAGCUGAAUGAGGUUGAAAUUGUCUGCAUUGCCAUAUUUCAGACACAACUAUGUUGUUGAGACUGAAAACAAUUGUUUGUAACACAAGUACAGUAGUUCUGCCAGAUUCUGUGAGCAUGGUAUAUAAUAUUUACAUGCUGCCAUUCAUGAUUGUACAAUGAUGGUACAAUCCCUCUUAAGAGUCCCUUUUCGGGUAAAUUCCAACAGGCGACAAUGCCUUGAAAUGGCGACAUAUAGGAAAUAAAAUAGUGACAUUGGACACAAUCUAAAUAACGACAUAAAGGGGAGGAAAACAAUAACAAAAUUUGGCGACAUAGUGCUCAAUGUUUUCAAGCGGUGACAUAACUUGUCUCAAAGUCAGACAAAACAGCAUGUAUAGCCACCCUAACAGGGCCUCUCUUAAUGUAUCACUGCUGAUACAUGUGCAUGUUUGAAUCUUUAUAUCCCCUCACCGAUACAAUUAAGAUGUGGUUUUUGACAUUGAAUUUCAUUAAACUUUAACUUAACCAUGCCGUUCUUGAAUUCUAUCUUCUGUGACGUAUUGAGAGGGAAAUUCUGCUCAGCCGUGCUAAAAGCAACCUUGCUGUACUUUGAAGAGCUGGACCUGUCUGGCUCCCUCUGUUUUCACAAAAAAUGCUUUACAUGUACCUGCAACUGUGCUCAGGAAGGUGACAGAUGGAUUUGUUUUUGUGUCACUUGGACUUGGUCACACAGGAGUUUGAUUUAUUGGUGCAUGUUUUGAUUUUUACUUGUGAGCGUUUGACAUUGUUUUGCCAACUUUCAUCAUAUUUGCAACUGUUCUUCUUAAUUAAACAUGUAAUUGUGUCCACUUUGAACGCCCAUACUACACCAAACCCUGAGCGACAGUAUGACAGUAUGACAGUAUUCUGCAAUACUUAGCUAUAAUUGUUAUAAUGGUUAUAUCUUAAACAUGGUGGUCCACAAUAAGCUGCCAUUGUUUGUAUUUGAACUGGCUGAAAAAGGUAUCUCAAAUGUAGGACCAGUGUGGGUAGCAUUCUACAGUAAGUUACUGUGGUCUAUCUUAGAGAGAAUGGCUAUUGCUGUAUUUAUGCACACAGACCUGCCAUAGAUAAAGACGGCGUACUAGGUGCAAAAAGCUGUGCACACAUAACUACGCAGAUGUAUAGUUUGUCUUGACGGAUGAUGCAUCUGUUUGCUGUGUUUAUACACAGACAAUUUUUAUAAUCACAAUUUCUUUGCCAAUUUCAUCUACACUGAUCAUCCAUUUAUGGUAUUUAAACAGGGCAGGAAAAAAUAAUUUUCUUCCUGGGAGCACAACCUGGAGACAAAAAUUUCCUGCAGACCAACAGAGUAUUUUUGUGCCAAAUCUGCAUGUGCAUAAACAUAAUAUAGUGUUCUAGCUGACCAUGGCUUUGAAUUUAAGCUGUCAACCAUAUGUUGUUGCACCCAUAAUGGGACAUGGGUAUUCAAUACGACCAAUAUCGAUACUACCGGUCCUGUCUAAAAUCAUUGAAAAGAUAGUCCACCGUUAACUAAUGUCAUUUUUGGACAAAAAUUCUCUCUUGUCUGAGUUUCAGUUUGGCUUCCGCCGUGGCCUUUCGACUGAGCUUGCAACAACCUUAUUAUUGGAUGAUAUACGUAGAGAAGUUGAUUCGGGGAAACUAGUUGGUGCCGUAUUUAUUGACUUGAGUAAGGCUUUUGACACAAUCAGCCAUGCAAAGCUAUUAGAUAAACUUUCUCGAUAUGGAAUAAAUGACGGUGAGCUUGAAUGGUUUAAAGACUGCCUUUUCUCCCGUAAAGCGGUAGUAAGCUACAAUAACUGCUUAUCUGAGGUACACGAAAUCUAUUCUGGUGUUCCGCAGGGAUCGAUAUUGGGACCAUUGCUGUUCUUGGUUUUCUUCAAUGAUAUAACAGAUGUGGUAAACCAUUCCAAAGUCAUUAACUAUGCUGACGACACUGUUUUGUACGUUGCAGACAAGCAGACCCAAUCAAUUCAAGCAAAAUUAGAUAAAGACAUGGAUUCGAUUGCUGGCUGGUUGAAAGAAAACGAACUGAUAAUCAACCUAAAGAAGGGCAAAACGGAAUCCCUUCUAUUUGGAACUGCCAAACGAAGAAGCAUGCAAUAACGCGGACUACAAUAACGAAUACAUCUGAUUAUAAAUAUCUUGGCGUGCAUGUGGACGGAUCACUGAGUUUGAGUUCUCAGUUUGAAAAAAGUCUCAAGAAAGCAUCAGGGCGGUUGAGGCUCUUGUUUAAGAUAAGAGAUCUUCUCGAUUUACCUUUGGCCAAAGCCAUUUAUCGCACGAUGAUCAUGCCCAUACUUACGUAUUGUGGCGUACUGCAAUUAAACCUAGGUCGAACGCAGCUGGCCAGACUUCUAUCAUUCCACGACCGUUCUGUGUCCACUGUGUUCAAAGGGGAACAGGCGGGUGAACAACAUCUUAUAUCUGCUGUAAAUGCCAACAAAUUAAGAGCAUGCAAACUGGUGCGCAAAUGCAUUGAUAAUGACAUUUGUGAUAUUUUUAAAACUUACUUCACAAUGCAGCAACAUGGCAGAGAAACAAGAAACAAUAACAAUAUGAUAAAGCUACCAGCGAUUAAAACUGAGUAUGUUCGUAAAUCUUUCUAUUUUAUGGGAGCUAAGAUUUAUAACGACCUACCUAUGGAAUUAAGAAAGAUUGAGAACAAUCCGGAUUUUGAGAAUAAGGUUACGGAACAUUUUAAUGAAUUAUAAACGGUUUUAAAUAUGGUAUAUAAGAAUUAGUUCUUAAUGUACAUAUAGUUUUUAGAGUUUUUUAGAGUUUUUAAUAGUUAGUUCUUUCUAGACUUUUUAGGAUAACAGGACACACAUUGAUAACAGCUUUUUUAGUUGAAGUGUAUUAUCCUGUAUAAAUAUUCGUAUUAAACUUAAACUUAAACUAUUAAAGUUUCCUUUAAAUUUUCAAUAACAAAUCUUCAUUCAAACGAAUUUCCUGCAGCUUGUCAACAUUGGCUUGCGUGCUCGCCUAUUUUUUCCACCCCUGGGUAUUAAUUGGUUCAACAUAUAAUCAAUAAAUCAACCAUCAGCAGUACAGAUUAGAGAUAGCAACCAAUAAACAGCAUCCAAUCCUUGUUGGCUCGAUAUCUUUUAAAAUACCAGUUCUUAUAUAGAGCUGUGAAAAUACAAGUCCAAUCCAACUGGAUUUUAUUUGGAUUUGGAAGAAUGAAUAACUUUGAAUUGGAUAGGAUUAAAAAAUUUGCGCCACCAUGCAGUUGUAUCGGACUGGAUUUAGAAAACUGCCUUUUAUAGAUCUUAUCAGAUUCUGACUCCGUACAGUAUGUACAGUGCAUUCUAAAAUCCAGAACCUUUGCAAUUUUCACGUAUUUUUUCAAUGCCUGUACAUGCAACGCUUAUUUUCAGAAGGGUUUUUGUGGAUGGAAAUUUCGUGUGUGAAUUUUAUAUAUUUAUCAGGCCUAACCAGGAGCAGUUGAUCGAUCCUCGAUCAGGAAUCGAACGUGCCCUGCGAUUCCGUUGCAGCGCUCUAACCAAGUGAGCUACAAAGACGAGUUGUCCAGCUCCAGCCGCAACUUGAUGUUUAUAACUAAGGUGAUGCAAGGUGUUAUCAUUAUGGGGAAUUAGUAAUCCUACAAAUUAGUAAUACUGAUAUUAACCUUUAUUUUCGCAUAUAUACGUUGCGCUUGUGUGAGAAAAGAAGUACCAAUUUGCUGUUUUGCUUAGGACGUGUCAUUUUGACAGAGGCAAAAUAUUAGUUUCAAAAUAUUAUAUUUACCAGUCACAACAUUAUCGCGCCAACACUGCAAAGUCGAGUUGCAGAACCCAAGUAGUGAUGCUGCCUUUUUGUAUUCAAAUCUUUUUCGUACGAAACCAUCCUGCUUUUGCGGGUUCGAGGCCAUGAUCCGAUCGUGUAUUCUUUGAUAAUUGAUAUUUGAAAUAAAACAAUAGCAAUGACGCGUUCUCAUAUGCAUGUCAAGUACAGCGAACAAGCAUGCAAUACUUUCCUAUCCCGAGUGUCACCGCGACGUGCUUGGCUUAUAUUCUGUAGCUCGAGUUUGGCAUGAUGUUCAAGCGCUAAUCUGGUAGUAAUCGUCAAGCGCUUGUGUGACCGCCGCCUAUAUUAUUCAAUUAAGAUGUAUAGCUUAAGAAGCGAAAUUUUUAAAUGCAAAGCUAGGGUAACAGCCUUACUACUCAAACAGACUGAUGGUAUUCUUGAACAGCUUGUGCCAGUGUAGGUAGUGCCAUUAAUAACAAGCUUUCGUUGGUGGAUGCAACAUGUAAUAUCCAAUCAACUCUCAUACAACUCUUGUUCUCGUUUGACUGGGGCAUGAGAGUUGAGAAAGCUCUCAUGCAAACUCUCACCUCUCAUGCAACUUUUGUUCUCGUUUGACCAGGACAUGAGAGUUGAGAAAGCUCUGAUGCAAACUCUGGCUUCUCAACUCUCACCCUCGUUUAUUUUUUUUUUCAUCGUCUUGCCCAGCCUUUCUUCAUGUUGUGUUUCAGAGACUCCUCCUUCGGUACGUGUGUUGUUUCAGUUUCACGUGGGAACGUCUCUCCAAGGAACAGGCACCGUAGCUAGAAUAGAUUGCAAUUCUAUGUGGCUCCCCGAAUUACACCAUCUUUCCCUUUGACGUGCCUCAUUCUCUCCUUUUCAUCCACUUCUCUCGAUUGUUUACCUCUGCUUCAAUAAGUACUACUUCACUAAUCAGCUGCACUUCAUCAUGACCCUUGUUCAUUCUGUGGAACUCCAUCAACCCAUGCACAUACUCCUUCCACCCAUCUUGACCACGGGUGUUGCCUUAUGCCAGUUCAAGUCGUUUUGUUUGUCGUUGACUCUGUCAAGGUCAGUCAAGUACAGUAAUAAGUCUGUACGCAUUCUCUCCCCCAAACGCUCCUCCUAGCCAAUUUCUAAUUCCAGCUUCUGAUCGUUUACUUUAACUGUCUCCAUUUUCCCCGAUUAGAUCGUCUGUUUUACUACUCCAAUUUCUUUAUUUUUUGUCUGUAAUCCUUGCUUCGACGCCCUUCAUGUUGGGUUUCAGCGACCCUUGUUACGAUCACAACUCAACUCCUGGUCGCCAUUAGAGUAUGACCCAAACUUUGUCUUCAAAAACCUAACAAAUCGUUGUACUGUAUAUUUUAUGUGAAUUUUUUAAACAAAAACUGUUGUAAUUUUCAAACAUACGUUGUUUUCACACACGUGAUCCCCAACCAAAGGGUUGCCUAACGUACAUAUUAGGGGCUUGUGUGGUGAAAUCCACGGAUUUGGAGUUUUCAAAACCUGAUUUUAUUCAGCCAGGUAACGUACUUCUGUCGCACUCUUAUCCCUUCAAUUUUUACUGUUUUAGUGGCCAAAAGAUUCUGACAACUUAAUGUACCAUGCCAUAUCACAAGAGGUAACACAGUAUUCAAAUACCUUUCCUUACUGUGUAGUUUAGAGCGAACCCUGUUAUUUUGUUGUCCUUUCUUCAGUCAUCUCGGAAGUAGUAGAUGUCAUGCUGCUAUUGUUGUAAUCUUCUAAUUUUAUUAAUUCUGUUGUACAGUAAGCUGUUAAUCUUCCUGUGUAGCUCUUCCAGGAAUGGACCGUUGGUUGCAUAUGCAUGCUUGACAUGCUCGUCAAGUUGUCUCUGGAUUUUUCAUGCUCAAAGCACUAAUGUAUUUAAAAACCUCUCCAUUUAACCAAUAACCACCAAGGGUUCAUCAUUUUCAUUGAAAAAAUAGUUUAGGUGUGGCUGCAUAAAGUUUUGGGUGCACAUGAAGUCUUGAAAAUACACUAGCUGGAACUUGAUUAAUUUAGGAAGCAUAAGGAUAAUUGAGGAUGAUUUUAGGAGGGAUAAGAUGCAGAGAGCAACAACACCCUUGCGCAUUAAAGCAUGACUAAAUAUAUGUAUUUUAUUUUUCUGACUAUGUAGGCGCCAUUCAAGCCUCAUGCUAUCUAAAAUCCUAUAUACAAACUCUCGCUGCUUCUUUUCAACUUUGACUGUGUAAACAUUUUUAUUUAAUAUGGAAUCUUGCUGUCACAACUUGUGAAUGUUCCAGUCACCUCUGGGAGCUCAAAUCGUGUUAUAUGCAGUCUGAUUAUUGUUUCUGUUGCAUUUCAAAAACAUUAUGUCGGUCUGAACAGUACCAAACCAUGCAGAUUUUCUCCUGGUGCCCUUGUUUCGAUCCCUACUGGAUUUGGACAUCAUUAGACCCCUACAACUUGUAGAACUGAUAAAGCUAUUCAAUAUAAUUGAAGUUAGUUUAGUUUAUGGUUUCUCAUGUAGAAUAACAAUGAUUCAAUAAAGGAUGGGCCUUACUGGAUCUCAAGUGAGAACAGUUUUGGACUCAUAGUAUAAAGAGCUUAGUAUGAUCCAGUAUAAACAGCUGAGAUGUCAAGGAUCUGCAAUUACCUGAACAUAUAAGCAAAACAUGAACGUUUCGAGCGAAGGUCCUUCGUUGGGAAAUUAGUAACUUUGUGGGGAGGUUUGACGGACCUUUGCUCGAAACGCCCAGGUUCUGUUUAGUUGCAUAUUAUCCUUGACACCGCAACUGUUUGGUUUCGUAGGCACUGGCUCCAAGAUUUGAUCCAGUACGUAUAAAGUUAGUUUAGUUUAGUUUAUAGAUAAGAAUACAAUCAUCUAUUUUUUGAUUUUGUAAACUAUUUUCUAGUUUAAUGAGCAUGUAUGUCAAUGUUUACCAUUUCAUGGAUUGAUUAUAAGAGUAUUCAAUUGUGAUUUCUCGUAGACAAACAACUUGGUGGAAAGUGCUGAGAUGGAUGAUGUGAACAACACAACAUCUCGACUUGGCUGUGCUGAACUAAACUCAAGUGUUGAUGAAGGUAAAUAUUAUUUCUAUUUAAUUUAGAAUCAGACAAGGUGUAUGCUGUAGGUUCAAUGGGGUUUAGGAUGGUAGGAGGUUAGUGACUCCCCACUUAUUUGCAAAAAAGGCACCGCUUUGGCAACAUAUUUAAUACUUCCUAGCAACCAAACAUGAAACAAAGUAAAAACUGUUGACCUAAAUGGUACAGAUCAGCAAUUCGCUUGUUCGACUGCAUCGUGCUAGACAGAAUGACAUCGUGCUAGACAGAAUGACAUCGUGCUAGACAGAAUGACAUCGUGCUAGACAGAAUGGCAUCGUGCUAGACAGAAUGACAUCGUGCUAGACAGAAUGACAUCGUGUUAGACAGAAUGACAUCGUGCUAGGCAGAAUGACAUCGUGCUAGGCAGAAUGACAUCGUGCUAGACAGUAUUGACAUCGUGGUAGAUAAAGUGACAUCUUGCUAGACAGAAUGACAUCGUGCUAGACAGAAUGACAUCGUGCCAGACAGAAUGACAUCGUGGUAGACAUAAUGACAUCGUGCUAAACAGAAUGACAUCGUGCUAGACAGAAUGACAUCGUGCUAGACAGAAUGACAUCGUGCUAAACAGAAUGACAUCGUGGUAGACAGAAUGACAUCUUGCUAGAUAGAAUGACAUCGAGCUAGACAGAAUGACAUCGAGCUAGACAGAAUGACAUCUUGCUAGACAGAAUGACAUCGUGCUAGACAGAAUGACAUCGUGCUAGACAGAAUGACAUCUUGCUAGACAGAAUGACAUCGUGCUAGACAGAAUGACAUCGUGGUAGACAGAAUGACAUCGUGUUAGACAGAAUGACAUCGUGCUAGACAGAAUGACAUCGUGCUAGACAGUAUUGACAUCGUGGUAGAUAAAGUGACAUCUUGCUAGACAGAAUGACAUCGUGCUAGACAGAAUGACAUCGUGGUAGACAUAAUGACAUCGUGCUAGACAGAAUGAUAUCGUGCUAGACAGAAUGACAUCGUGCUAGACAGAAUGACAUCGUGCUAGACAGAAUGACAUCGUGCUAGACAGAAUGACAUCGUGCUAGACAGAAUGACAUCUUGCUAGAUAGAAUGACAUCGAGCUAGACAGAAUGACAUCGUGCUAGACAGAACGACAUCGUGCUAGACAGAAUGACAUCGUGCUAGACAGAAUGACAUCUUGCUAGACAGAAUGACAUCGUGCUAGACAGAAUGACAUCGUGCUAGACAGAAUGACAUUGUGCUAGACAGAAUGAAAUGUUCAUGGGGAAAAUUUUUCAUCCCUCCUUUAUGCAAUAGAGUACUUGUUCACUUUGUAAUCAGCUGAAAUGUCAAUAAAUUCCACUUCAUUGGUGAAUCUGUCGUUCUAAAACUGUUCAUCUGAGUACUGUAAGAAGCAAAGACAGAGUUGCUCACUUUGAAGAGUCAGUACAGUAUAUAUGACUCAAAAUGAUCUGAUUUCGCAUUUUUACCUUUAUAUUUGUCGUAACGAAAGGUGUGGAAAUAUAUUUGAGAAAUGGCAGAACGUGGGAAGAUACUAACUUCCCGACGAAGGACCUUCGCUCGAAGUGUCGAAGUUUUACUUGUAAUUUUUAGGUAAUUGAAGCCAUGUUCGUCCGCAGUUCUGUGCUGUUUUUCUCAUUAUUUAGAGUCAUUCCAAAGUUGAUUGGACGAAGCAUUAAAGAAGUAACAAAAUUAAGUGUUGAAAUGAACAACUGGAAAGAGCAGUUGAAUAUUAGUAGGUUUACAAAGUUUGAAUACAUUUUGAUUAGAGUGGAUCGAUUUGAAUCGCUGUUUCAAGUUAAACUUGCUUACAAUCACGUUUAAAAUCCAAAGUUAUCACUCACAGAUGGACGAUUUUGUUCUUACAGUUCUAGCACAGCUUUGGUUUAGCAGUACAAAGACGUCUUGUUUAUUAAAUCGCCUUAAAUUAAUCGGAAAUAUAUAAAUGGCGAAAUUCUUGAAGGAAAAUUUUGGUAAAAAGGAACCUACGAUUUGGAAAGUGGAAGUACUAGCAUUUGCGAAGCAGAAAAAACCUUUUCAAGUUUUUGUUUUGAAAUAUUUAUUGGGCAGUAAUAAUUGCCGCUUAGCGCCGUUAAUAUAGCAUGUUAAUGCGAAUCUUGUGACACUUGCACUAAUAACAGUAUGUGUCACAUUAAUAUUUUGUCAAAACUUGAUUUUUCUGGACGUUCAGCAGUUCAGUUUGGCUUAAAAAACACGUUGAAAAUACCGGUAUAUCGGUAUUCUGAUGGCGGUAUAUCGGUAUUCGGUAUUUUGCGAUAUCGAUCCACUCUAAUUUUGAUAAACACGAUAUGAAUAAUCAAGCUUUCAACAGUUGAGAAAAUGACUAAGAGUUACUAUCGCAAGGAUGGUGCUGUCUCAAACUUGAGGGAUACACAUUGGGAUGUUUGGUGUUGUUGGAAAUUCCGAUAAGGCCAUGGAGGAACUGCUCUCUUCUGUAGUGAGAACGCUCAUGGCCUUGACGAAACUUUAAAAAAUAGAAAAACAGUACACUUUGCGUGCAUUGUUUUGAAGGAAAUUCAAGGAAUACAAUACAAUCCAGAGCGAUAGUGUACAAUCUCCGUGUAUUCGAUUAUUACGUUUGAUUAUGAUAAUUGGAAUUUGCCAAUUGGCGUGAACACCUGAAUUAGCGCAAGACUUCGCCCACCGACGCGAGAUUCACAAGAAUAUAUAGAUCAUGGAAAAGACUGGGCACGAGUGAACUCAGGUGAAACGGCAUGCAUUGUCUCGCUGCUCAACAACAAAUACAUUGUCUAUGCCAAACUCCACACAUUUCAUAGUAUAACAUUCGCAAUUCCUGAAAGCUUGCUAUUCAUACCGUGUUUAUUCUAAUGUGGUUAAACUUUGUACUAAUUUGGAGAUCCUCUUUACAGUAGUUGAGUUUCUUUCUUGAUUUCGUUAUUUUAAAAUUCGUUGCCUUUGUUCUUGUCAAUCUUGGAAUGGCCUAUUAACAUGAGAGAUUAUUUUAUUGCAACGUGUAUCACAAUACUAUAACAGUAUGUUUAGCAAUAUACAUGUGUAUACUUUACUGUAAAGGUUAUGGAGCCAUACGUAAUGAGCACCAUCAACCUGCAGGUAUUGAUGGAGAAUGCAGCGGGAGUCAUGACCACAAGACGACAUAUUUUGAAUCAAGAAUACCAAUACCUCGCGAGAGUGACCGGGAUGUAAGUUGAAAUUAUUCAAUAUUUACCUAUAGAUGUCCGCUGUUUUGCCCCAACUAUGACGUGUAAAACCCGUGGCAAACUAAGAAGUAUUCUCGCGGACCAACCAGGAACUAUAUUGCAGAAACAUUGUCUCUUAGCCAUGUUUCCAAAAGUUGGGCAAACCAGAACCGCCAAUAUUUGUAAAGAUGGAUAUAAACAAGGAAAUAUUUAUGGAAAUAUUUCGACUUAACAUUAAAGUUUCCUAGUUUGCUCAAAGCUUUAUACUCUUAAUAAUGACGUUCAUAUAUUCAAGUGCAUUAGAUUUUAAAUAUUUUUUCCGAUCACGAAGUCACUUAUGUUAUUCUCAGUUUAUUUCCUCCAUGUAGUAUAGUUUCAGUUUCAAACGUCUUUGGGCAUUUACUGGUCCUGGUUUCCUAAUGAGCAUUGCAUAUCUUGAUCCUGGAAACAUUGAAUCUGAUCUUCAGUCUGGAACUACUGCAGAAUUUAAGGUACUCAUGGGGAUAUUGAACUUAUGUUGAUGUAAUUAAAGAUAUUUUUCUCGAUUUUGCGUGUAAAACCAGGUGUUAAAGACCGGAUAGCGCUGUCCGCCGGAUAUAGUGAUUAUUUUAGUUAAUUUAAUUUAAUAAGUUUGUCACAAUAUUACAAUUAUUACCAACACAUACAUGUAACAUAACAAACAUAGUGACAGGAUGCCGUAACAGGAUAAAUCCCAAUUUAUUACGGCACCUUUUAUAUAAAAUAUUCAGAAAUGUAGAUGUGGAGAAUAAGUUUAUGGUGGGGAAUAAGUUAGCGAUUUUGCAAAGUAUAUAGUAUUCAAGCAAGUUUGUUUUAAAAGACGCAAUGGAAAGACAUUGUUUACAACUUGAAGGUAGAUCAUUCCAUAAUCUUACUGCCUUAUAGGUAUUCACUGUUGUGGUAUUCCUGCUUUCUUUUACUUUUUCUUAUGUUUGUCUUUUUUAUUUACAUAUGGACAACGUCAGCAGGUGCAGCUUUAUAAAAUAAAUGCUCAACAUUUCUAAAAUUGGUUGUCGAUUGGUGUGACACAGAUAAUAUACGUUUCUUAGUGUGCAAUAUUUAUUGUGAAAUCAACUGCUUCGACAUUCGUAUUCUUCAAAGGUUAGAAAAUCACUAGGUACAUGGAUAGCGCUAUCGGACCUUCCUACAAUUGCCCCAGGACUACCAAUUCCUCACUCGCACACGAAGUCGGGGAUUUUACCAAGCUACGAACAAAGCACCAUACAUUCCCGUCCCCAGAGCCAUUUGCACUCGGUCACUCGUUGAAAGUUAGGCUCUGGGUUAGACGACUAAAGGGACAGGUCUGAUAGAGAUUGAGCAGUUUGUGCUAGGCAAACUUAUUCUAUCAACAUAUGUCAACACAAAUACUUCGUUUCUUCGUAAUACUUCACUGUGAAAAUUGUUACGUGCUAAAGCGUCCCGAUUCAUGAGCAUUCGUUUCAGAAACUACUGCAAGUUUUCUUGCACUUCCGGUUUCUUGUGUCCCAGGGCAUAGGGAGGACGCGCGCGGCUGAGAGGCCCUGGGGACGAGGAUGAGCGCCAUAACAAACAGUUAAAAUGCCACUAUCAUUAGAAAUGAAUUGCUAAUUAGUUUCACUUCAUUUUUUCUCCAAAUAUUUAUCCAAUGAUAUCCUGUCGAAAAACGUUGACAGUGAAAAGUUUGAUCAAGAUGAGAAUUUUUACUAUAAAGUAUAGGAAAUUUCCUAGAAAUCAUAUUUUAGUGGCAGUGGCACUUUAAUAAUUUUAAUUUAUUUUUAUAUUUGUGAAUGCCUAGUGAUAUUUUUUGAUUUCCUGCAAUCUGAUUGGCUGCAGCAGCGGGCAGCUUUUUACAAUAUCUUGACCGUGGUCCAAAAGAGUUCUUUUUUGGCGAAAAACCGAUGAGUGAAGACAAUUUUCAAACUCAAAACACUACCCAAAAAAAUUUAAAAUCCACCUUAUCGAUACUAAAGACAGUAAAAUACAGUGAAUUGGCUUCAGUGGACUUAGUGCCAAGCCCGAAAUGUACUUUUCUCCGACCAAACUGCGAAAAAACUACAUGUUUUGAUUCAAAUGCUCCACAUAUUCAGCUAUUCGAGAAUAUACGUAUAAAUAUAAAUAGUACAACAUACAACAUACAACUUGUCCUUAAACAUAAAAUUAAAAAAAAACUUAAAUGGCAGUUUAAAGACGAUUCCUGGGCUUAUUUCAGUCAAUAUUGUUUUUAUAAAUGUUGUAAUGAACGAAUUGUUAACGUUUUUCGGCAAUAAAAUUUGUAUUUUUCUGUCAAAAAGCAUUUUUCAAGAUUGUCCAUGCUGUAAAACGAAUCGGAAAAUAAAUAUUUUUACUUAGUUUACCUUCUGUUUUCUUGUUGAGUUUCUUAAAAGCAUCUAUUGCAAUCUUUUUAUCCAGCUUUAAUCGCGUCGUUUUAGCAGUUUGUCAGCUAUGCUUGCACUAUUAAGUAACAAACGCAACUGAUCUCAAAUGUACUUCGCAACUGGAAUUUCAUCGGAAUUUCAUUAUAUCACCAUGAACUGUCAAAUAAAAAAAUAAACACGUUAUUCACCGUUCAGGUCGGUCCGAACUAAAAGAAUAUUUUCCCUCGGCCUCAGAAGCGUCCCUCGGCCUUCGGCCUCGGUCCGCUUCUGAGACCUCGGGAAAAUAUUUUUUCAGUACGGACCUCGCAGACGGUAAAUAACAUAAAUGUAUUUAAACAACAAUCAAACCUGUAGAUCGCUACCUUCUAGCGAGCAGGUAGUAAUGAGAGUUUGAUGUUGUGUGAGCGGAUGCUAGAUAUAUUUCUUGUUCAUGUACAGUUCAUUCUCGAAGCUUAGUUUGUACUUAUUUAUUAUAGCUUCUAUGGGUGCUUAUGUUGGCAACGUUUAUUGGAUUUUUGAUGCAGGUGAGACAGUUGUUGUCAUUUAAAGAAUACUGUAUCAGUAUUAUUUUAUUUCUGCUAAAGUACGAAUUGUGCUAUAACCGGAUGCCCCCGACCCCGCUUUCCCGAUAAUGUAUGAAAGCCUUUUAAUGAUAGCUGAUUAACGGUGCAACAAAGUUACAACAAAGCUGCAACAAAGCUGCAACAAUGAUUUUACAUCCAUGAAGGUCUUAAUAGGCCAGUAUCGAAGUAAAUUGCAGAGAAGAGGUUGUUUGUAUUUUCGAAGUGUCACUGAUUCACUAUUUUUUAUCUAGGAUUGAUACAUGUUAAACAUGUUAUAUAGCUAUAUAGCUUCAAUGCUAGGGCGCAGCUUGAAACGUUCAUCAAUUUAACAAUAUUAUUUACAUUUGUAGAGGCUAUCAGCUCGCGUUGGAACAACAACUGGUAUAAAUGAUAUAAUGUGUAACAUUUGACAACAAAAUGUUGGGAAGAGAUUGCUGGAUCUCCUCUGUAUAGUGCAUGCAUGGCAUUUUUCUGCGAUGGAUUUACUUUCGAUCAUUUUUGUUCCUGAAGUAUACUGUACAUUACGCACUUUCUCAACGCUGCCUUUUCUGUACAUAUGGCGUGAAAGGUCGUCAUAUACAGUAUAUAUACUUACAGUCAUAUAAUCAUUGUCAGAAAUCACGGACAUAAUGGCCUCAACAGUAAACUGUAAAUUGUAGUAUCGGUAUACUUGGUGUUGUAAGUCGCAAUAUCUGAGAAUAAAGGAGGUUGUUUUCAACUUGCAUAAAUGCAGAACAAAGUCUGUCGAAGUAUUUACUGUAAUAUUAGAAUGAUUUCAGUUACUUUCUUUUCUGCAACUUCGAUAUUUGUACAGAGUUUUUACUAUUUUUGUCUACAGUAUUUAACUCUAUACAAAAAUAGCGCACUUUAAACCAGGCUAAUACUAAAUACGGUCAACGUGACCGAUGUAUUGGAGUGUUGAUAUAUACGGCCAUUAUAAACACUGUUCCCCUGGCAUGAAAUAUUUAUUUUCACAUUUGGUCACCAUUCGAUUCUCAUGACAGUUGCGACUAGUAUUAAUGCAAGCCAAAAUUCACGUUAUACUGUAGAAAACUCACAAACGAAUUUUUUAUAUAGAAUACUGUAUAUAGAAAUAUUAUAGAAUAAAGGAAUAUACCGAAUGGUUUUCCGUGCGGGAUUGCGUGAUCCAUGCAUGCACGAGGGAUGUCGCGAGACUUUCGGAAAGCGUAAAAAUACUCGAGCCGCAGGCGAGUGUAUUUUUACGCUUUCCGAAAGUCGAGCAACAUCCCAAGUGCAUGGAUCACGCAAUCCUGCACGGAAAACCAUUCGGUAAUUGUUUUAUAAAUGUAGUUAUUUUAUAAAUUUAUUUUAUCCAUCCCAUGACGUAUAGGAAUUGAAUAACUUCAUAUUAUGUUUGCCCAGGUAAACAUCUAGCAGAAUUAUGUUACGAAAAAUACCCGCCAAUACCAAGAAUUAUUUUGUGGAUUAUGGUGGAAAUUGCCAUCAUUGGCAGCGAUAUGCAGGUAUAUUGAUUGCUGUUUAUAAAAUGCUUCAUACUUUUCGCAAAGAACAUGAUUUAACGUACAUGUAAUUAUGUAAAUGCCUUGAAUGUAAAACUCAGUAACAGCAAUGUUUAGUGAUUUGUUGUAUGUACAUAAUUCUGCUGAUUUACUUUUUCCUCGAUUUUCUGAGUAAAAAUUGUUGCGUUUUGAAUAAGCACUUGAAAACCUGACUAUUGUAUUUAGACCCUUGCAUCUCACAAGCUGCAUUCGUACUGUAUCCACUGAUUGUGUGCAGAUACCGGAUUCGCUUGUCACAACAUCGAAUUUAACGGUUUCAUCUUAACACUUAAAAUUAGACACGUUAUAUCAUGAAAUAUGUUAUGUCAUAUGUUGUAUCAGACGGCAUGUUGUAAAAGACGGACGGACCGGACUGGACUGGACUGGACCGGGAAAACGCGGACUGAGUCCGUGUUUUACAAAUCGCGGACUGAAUUUGUAAAACACGGACUGGACUGGACCGGGAAAACGCGGACUGAGUCCGUGUUUUACAAAUCGCGAACUGAGAUUUGUAAAACGCGGACUGAGAACGUGUUUUACAAAUCGCGGACUGAAUUUGUAAAACACGGACUGGACUGGACUGGACCGGGAAAACGCGGACUGAGUCCGUGUUUUCGGGCUGCUAUUUGUAAAAGGCGGACUCAUUGAAUGCCGUCGCUUGUAACUAAGGAUGAACGGUCGCAGAUAAAACAUUGUCUAUUCUCAUGACAAAGUUCAAUGUUUUACCGAGAAAGUUCAAUAUGUUUGUGAUGAUCAUGAUCAUUUGGUGGUUUCAAAGCGGAUCUGGUUAUUGUUCAACAGAUUAAAAUCAAAUCAAAACCUGUCAAGUGCUCUUGACAAACAUCGAAGAUUCUCACGCGAAUAGGCAAUGUUUUUAUGAACGACCGUUCAUCCUGCAAGCGACGGUACACUGACUCAGUCCAGUACUGACUCAGUCGUGAGAGUUUUGGCGGGAAUUGCGGAUAAUAGAUCGGUCAAGGAAUAAUCAUAUCCUGGAGCUAAGGGACCGUUCAUUAUUUAUACCCGGGAUUGGUACCGAAGAGAUAUGGGUUGGGUAAUCAAGUUUUUGAGUAGCUCAUGGGUUGGGUAAAAAUUUUUUGGCUGUCUGUCAGCUAUAAAAUAAAACCAAAACUACAUGCAUUGUCAUUGGAAAAUAUGAAGAAAAAUGUGUACAAUACAUUCUGCACCAAAAUAGACGAUCAGUGAUUGAGGAAGGACUCUAUUAUUGAUCAGCAGGAACGUGAUUGCUUUGGCACACUCAGUGAGUUUUUAGAAUUUAGGCAACUUGAUUUCUGUCACCAUAAUCUUGUGUGUUUAAUUAUUAUGAAGUACAGUAUUAAAACACAUGGGUUGGGUAAACAUUAUUUUGACCAAUGUUGAGGUUGGGUAAGUUAAAAAAUUACACUGUGUUUCGCUUCUCUUCGGUACCAAACCAGGUAUAAAUAAUGAGCGGUCCCUAAGGUUGGUGUAAAUUACUAUUAUUUAUUUAUUGUUUUGAAUAAACAGAUGAAUAGCGUUCAAUCUUAGGAACACGCUCAGUCAUGUGGAACUUUGUGCCACUUUGUCGAGAAUCAUGUUUAGAUAUAGCUCUUACAGCAAAUCGUUUAGUGCAGUUAAUCAUAAUUAGACGAAAAUAGAGUUAAUUUGUUUAUUUUGUGCGGUUCGUGGCGAAAAGGGCGUAUUAAAAUGGUUACUAUAAAUUUGCGAGAAAUAUGAAAUGAAUACUAUAAUCGAAUAACGAUUCUUAGAAUCUUGUAAUUUAUAUGUACAACACUACCUUUGAUGUUUUGAUGGCCUGCGAGAGUUUCACCAUUUAUAACACAAUUUAAAUUAUUAAAAGUAUAUUCGAUUACAGUAUUUAUUUCAUAUUUCUCGCAAAUUUAUAGAAACAUUUUAAUACGCCCUCUUCGCCACGAACUCAAAAUAAACAAAUUAACUCUAUUUUCGUCUUAAUUGAACACUAAAUUGUAUCUGCUAUAAGAGCUAUAUCUAUACAGGAUACUCGACAAUAGACAAUAGUGGCACAAAGUCCCACAUGACUGAGCGUGUUCCUUUUAAGAUUGACGCUGUUCAUCUGUUUAUUCAAAACAAACAAAUAAUAGUAAUUUAUACCAACCUUAGCUCCAGGAUAUGAUUAUUCCUUGACCGAUCUAUUAUUGACCAAUUCCCGCCAAAACUCUCACGACUGAGUGCAAUUCCCGCCAAACUCUCACGACUGAGUCAGUACUGGACUGAGUCAGUGUACUGUCGCUUGCAGGAUGAACGGUCGUUCAUAAAAACAUUGCCUAUUCGCGUGAGAAUCUUCGAUGUUUCUCAAGAGCACUUGACAGGUUUUGAUUUGAUCUUAAUCUGUUGAACAAUAACCAGAUCCGCUUUGAAACCACCAAAUGAUCAUGAUCAUCACAAACAUAUUGAACUUUCUCGGUAAAACAUUGAACUUUGUCAUGAGAAUAGACAAUGUUUUAUCUGCGACCGUUCAUCCUUAGUUACAAGCGACGGCAUUCAAUGAGUCCGCCUUUUACAAAUCGCAGCACGCGAUUUGUAAAACACGGACUCAGUCCGCGUUUUCCCGGUCCAGUCCAGUCCAGUCCGUGUUUUACAAAUUCAGUCCGCAAUUUGUAAAACACGGACUCAAUCCGCGUUUUCCCUGUCCAGUCCAGUCCAGUCCAGUCCGUCUUUUACAACAUGCCGUAUCAGAUACGUUAUUAUCAUGAAAUUAUUUAUACGCAGUGAAAUAACGCGGGAUCGUAAAACUUGUCAAGAGAAAAUUGAAAACUUGUUUGUCGUACACACACGAGCAAGUAAAAUCAAUAAAUCAUCAAUAAAAACUUGCUCGUCUGUAUGUAUUUUGACCGUUUCUAUAAUAUUCGUAAUUUUGUACAUAAUAUGCUGUAAUUUGUUUUAUUGCAGGAAGUAAUUGGCACUGCAGUAGCCUUUUAUCUCCUUUCAAACAGACAGUAAGUAGUUCGUUUGUUUGUUUGUUUCCUUAAACGAAAGAAGAUGUUGUGUACUUACAAACAUGUGCAUUCAUUUGGUGCAUUUCAUUUCUAGUAUUCCUCUGUUUGCUGGCGUACUUAUCACAAUCAUGGACACUUUUGUUUUUCUCUUUUUGGAUAAAUAUGGUAAGAAUAUUAUUGUGUAAUGUACUUUACUCUCAUAUAUUGUACUAUAUACGUUUUCUGUAUUACUCGUAUCCAUGGCAGGAAAUAAUGGUGGAUCCUGGCAUCUAGGAUCCCAGAACAUUUUCAGACUUGGCUUAGCUGACAGAAAUUUUAGGGCAUUGCAUAAUGCUAACAGGGAUAGCAAGUAAUUAAUUGGGAAGAUUGUUAGAAUAUUAAAUAAUAUGGCAAAAAACGUUGACCCAGAAAAAAAUAUGUUUCCUGCUAUGCUCGUAUACCAAGCUAUGUAUAUUAUGCUGAAGUCUUUACCGUACUAUACUGUUCUAUACUGUAAACCCCGCAGUAGAAAUUGUGAGAGGCAUCUUAAUUUGAAGUACGUCGUCCUGAUUGUUUAAUUUUCAGAGUUUAACAGCACAAUCAUAACUUGCGGGUUUUUUCAUGUUUUGUUUGAUCUUUUUUCACCAAAUCGUCAAAUUUAAUAUUUAUUUAGGUCUGAGGAAACUUGAAGUAUUUUUUGGCUUCCUAAUCACCAUAAUGGCAGUAACAUUUGGAUAUGAGGUUUGUCUUCAAUCCUUUCUUUUAACAUUUUGAAGACAUGCGUUUCCGCGUUCUCGUCGCAGCAAUUUUAAUGCGCAUUAAAGCUAGAUUACAGUCCAUUCUGCGCAUGUGCGGGCUUUGUUUACAUUUUUUGUUUUGGUUUGGAUCCACUUCAAUUGUAUAAUAUGAAGUAUAGCGGCUAUGCACUAUAUAAAUGGAGUCCGAGUCAGGAGUGGAGUUGUUAAUUUUUUUAAAAUUGUCUUCUGAAAGACAAGCAAUUAAAUAUUUUGAAAGAUCAUGAAUGGAAGAUAUAUUGUUGAUCAAUUCGGCAUUUGUUUUUUGUGUGCCUCGUUGAUGAAACAUUCAGAAGAGACCGACAAAGCCGACCCAAAGGUGCGAGUCAUUGUGUUGAUUAUAUUAAUGUUCGGCAUUGUAAAAUAAACUUUGGAAGUGUCAAAGUAAUCACUAAUUUUUCCUUGGGGUAUUUGUUCGUCAAAACACAUUGCCAAAGUCAUUGUUGCUGUCAUGGCAGAAGCACUAGGAGAAAGCUUUUCGCUGGAAGAAUUGGAAACGAUAUGUUCAUGUCGCGGCUUGCUCCAGCGGGGCCUCCAGCUUCUGUCUUCGAUAGAGUAUGGGUAUUUUUUGCUCAAGCGCGUGCGGCGAAGAGGAUUUUGAUACAUGUAUGAACAAUCGAAGGACAGAUGGUGAGUUUGUAUUAUUGCUAUUAGUUAUGUACUGUUCGUUAGAAACGUGCUUCACAUGUAAUCUUAUUGUAUUUGUUCAUUAGUUUAUAACUUUAUAUAUGUUUUGUUAGUUUAUACGCAAAAAAAUGUGGCCUGAGCAAUGGUUCAUUUGAGAAUAUGUAAUGUUGUUCACCGCGAUAGUUCACUCAAAGGAUAAUGAUUAUCUAACAAUAGAUGGGUAAACUUUGUUUACAUAUUUUGAUACUUUGCCUGCCAAAAAUAUACACAGACUUAUAUUUCUGAAAGCUUUAACCACUGGCUUUAACACACAUGAUUUAUUUUAUUAAAUACCCCACAUAAUUAUGCAUAUCCUUGCCGGGUAAAAUAUCAAAUUAUGUAAAAAGGCUUACCUGUCUAUAUACAAGUGUACAUAGCUGUGAAAAUGCAGUAAUUUGGUGGUAAGAAAUAUCUGUGUUUCACUGUGCUUGAGUCUUUGCAUUUAAUUAAUGAUAAAUAUAUUCAUUUCAGAAUCUUGUGGAAGCAAUGGAUUUAAAUGCCCUUUGAAGAGCAUUUGCGUUAGAGCUUAUACAGCAUCAGCCAGCAUUUGUCAAUUUGGUAAAUUGCCAGGUAAACCGCUUCAACCAGACCCAGCUACGAAAAACCAGAAAAUGCCUCAGAGUAUUACAAAUGUGGAUGCUCUGUUGCAAUGCCAACAAAAUGGGUAAACAAAUGCUGUACACAAUCAAGACAGCCUUGCAUAACCGCCUAGCCCUCUCUUCCCACAGUGGCACAGUUAGUACUUGCAUGAUGGAAAUGUUCGAUCUGGACAUGGCCAUGCAUUAGAGGGAUCAUUGAGGGAAACUUUAUUAUUCAUUAAUCCAUUUUACUGCAAUUAUCUCCCCAUGACAGGGAGGAUCAUUUUAAAUAUUUUGAAAGAACUUGGGUAAUUCACACCUGUUAAGGCCCGGUCACACAAGCGAUUUUAAACUUUGAUUUUCUCCUUUUGGCAUUUGUGUUUUAGCAAAAUUACAGGAAACAUUACUUUGCAUGGCUUUAUUAUUUACUCUAACACAUACACCAAAAGAAGAAAAUUGCAGUUCAAAAUUGCUUCAAACUUAUUAUAAGCUUUCUCUGUCUACUAACCACAGCAAAUUUUGCUAACAAAUGAAAGCCUUUAUCAUGUUAAUGUUUAAAUGUUUAUGAACAGUAAUAUUUCAUUAUAUAAAAGACCAGUUAUCAAAUACAUUGGAUGUUCAAGCACAACAUUUUGUAUAUUGACAUUGAUUUUUUUAUUCUUUAAAAUUACUCCUAAUGCUCCUUACUUUAGUCCUGAAAAGUGUAUUGCUGUGCACCGAAGAUGUACACCCUGGCUCAGUAUUGGGGUCCAGGGGUUUGUAAUCAGAUUUCCUUCUCCUAGGUGGAUUGCCUUUCAGGGAUUAUGAGCUCCACCUAACAGAGCACUUUGUUUUAACUGGCAGACACUUGUCUACAGUGAUCAGUUGAAUUUAUACUGAUGGGUUUCAACAAGUUCUUUGACUGAAGGAGGAGGGACAGGGGUUAUGUUAGGAGCGAUUUGCCUUCGGUAAUCACUUGCAACACCAUUCCACAUAUCUAAAGAAGACUUAUAAUUAGUUUUAUUUCUGUUUAAAUGCUGCUGACCAAUGUGUUUUAAAACACUCAAAUGGCUUUUUUCAAGCCACAUUUUGAUUUUGUUAAUAAUGUUCAUGCAAAUCAAAAUUUGGCUUUCCAAAAAGCCUUAAGUGCUCUUAAAACACGUCAAUCAACAUGCCUACAGAACGAUCAAAAUAUUUGUUUGAAAAUGUGAUAUGAAGAAUAUGGAAUUUCAUAAUGAAAAGUGAAAACUAAAAGUCACUUUUUUUCUCACUAGGAUUCAGGAAAGCAUAAAAUGUUAUACAUACCUUCAUUAUAAGUUGUAGGAUGUAUUCGUACUGCCUAGGAGAAUCUUUAAGAAUCUUUAUAUGGCUCCAUUGCUGUUUCUUCCCCUUGCUGAACAUAUACUGGCAAUGGCUCAUGUCUGCAUUGUAUUGUUUCAUCUGGCUACUGAUCCGUCUGGGUUUCCACAGCGCUAUAAGUGAACAAUAAAAUUUUGUAAUGAGGAAAUAUAACAACAUUAACAUAACUGAAAUAUCCAGGGAUAUGUGUUAUGUGCUUACCACAAUUAAACCGUCUUGAUGUUUCGUAUACAGGCUCGAUCAGCAUAGUAUUCGCGAACCCUCGUCACUUUUAAUUCCAGCUUCAGUUUUGAAAUGAUUUCACCGACCAAUAGUAUCAUUAAAGUACAUUUUCGUUGCAUACCUUUUCGCGAAAUGUUCUUUUCGAUUUCCUGGUUGGUUUUGGCGACCAGCAUUAGAAGAAUUUGCCUUUGAAGUGGACGGCUCUAUUAUAUAACUCUUACGAGUCGGCCAUUUUGAGCGCGCAUAUCCGAAUAAGGACUGGAGAGCACACAAAAUCAAAACAAGUGUGCUCAACACCGCGGAAAAACGUCUGCGCAUGCACCAAAUUAUGAAAAUAUGCAUAUGGCGGGGAAUUUGAAUAUCAAUUUCUAAAACAAAAACAUGCUUAUUAAGUUGGUCAAAAAAUAGUAAAAUAAACGAGAAAAUAUAGCAAAUGGGUAGACUAGACAUUAAUUGAAAGCGUCCUGGCAUUUAAAGUAUGGAAUGAAAUAUAAUUCAUGUAAAAAAUUGUUGAUUUUAACGGACACGACUUCGAAAAUAUUUACAAAAUUAUUCAAAACAAAAAUUCAAACUCAAAAGUUAAGAAAACUCUCGAAAAGUUAAGCUUCUUAACCCACUCAAAUUGUAGAAUAAAUCCUAAAGUUUAAUUAUUGUGAACACGAAAAUUUUUUAUAUUUGGCGACACAGUUUUUUUUAAAGAAAUGUAUCUCAAACGAAAAUUCGGAAAUUGUCGUUGCUUAGUUGAUAAACAAAAUGUUUUACACGAUAAAUUUGUCAACAAUCACCUUUAGUUCAUGUUCUUGUACAAUACAAUUUCUUGAAUCUUCUGGCUGUAUUUAUUCCUAGUUUUUAGAAUGACAUGUUUAUUUUUGCGCUCGAAAUCUGGCUGUAAAGACGCACAAUGAAGUCACUCCUUUUUACCGCCAUUUUGAGCCUUCGAAAACGUUCGGAACAGCUUCUCAUCAAGUUCGCAAUACUAUUACAGGUAAGGUUGACGCAUGCGCAGACGUUUUUCCGCGGUGUUAGUGUGCUCACAUUUGUUUACAUUUUUGACACAUGCGCAGAAGCGACUGUAAUCUAGCUUUAAAGACACAGCAUUGAUUGCCAACCUCCCACGAAUUGGCCCAAUACGUUUUGUUUGGAACCCUGAAACUUCACUUUAAUUAAAUAAAUUUCAGGUCUUAUUUAUAUAUUUUAAACAAGAAUAGAAACAUCGAGGGGGUGGGGGGGGGGGAGGGAGGAAGUCCUGAAAAAUACUUUUAAUACAGUCACAGGGUUCCAAAUAAAGGUAGGCCUAAAUUAGGCCGUAUCACAUAUGUCGCAUCAGCAAAUUAGCGCUUUAGCCUGCGUUUCCAGUCCAUUCCUUUGAUUGUCUAUAGUUUUGUUUACAUUUAGCUAUGCGGUACAAGUGAAAUGCCUUUUAUUAAAAUUAAGUUAUUGUAGUAAACAAUGAUGUAAUGGAGAUUAAAUAAUGCCAUAUAUGGACAAUAACAUGUGCAAAAGAUAUAUAUGCCGAUAUAGUCAGAAUAUAUAGGAGGUUUUUCUGAAUGUUGAGACUGAAAAAGCAAUGGUUAUGAUAUUAAUAUAAUAAAGUAAAUUCACAUUAAUAAUUAUAUAUAAUGAAUAUUAUAUUUAUUUAAUUACUUAAUUGUUUGUACUGACUAUAUAGAUAAAGCUUUGGCGUUCAAAUUCAAAUUGGAACCAAGUUCGUGAUAUUGAAUCUAAUAAAUUCCGUGAAAGCCAAGAAGAUCGUGUCAUUAUUGUUCAUAUCAUCUGGGGACUACAGGAACAAGACAGGAGUGAAUGCCAUCAUACUGAUUUCAAAUGCAAAGGAAAAACUGUUCUUGAUCUCGAAUUUGAUUUAAAUCCUCCUUCGUGUCAAGAUGCUAUGUUG